UUGCAAUCUGACCAAUCGGAACAAGGAAAUUUUAGUUCCUUUUGUCCUGAUUAGUCAAAUUUCAAUCUUCGAUGCGCAGUGAAGGGCUGGUAAAUGUGAAAUACGAAAGUAUUUUUAACACAAGAAGAAGUAGUAACAUUUGCUAUUUUAAGAAUAUGUAAUUACAACGAGAAUAAAUACAAGACAAUAUGUUUCAAAUUUUAAAAGCGUUUUUAGAUUUCUUACUAGUUUGUGAUAAACAAAGUUGCGUGGUUUGACAGUUGUUUACUACUAAAUGAGGAGGUACUUCAAUAUAAUAAAGUGGGAACCGCAGUAAUUCCACUUUUUAUCCCCAAUGCGUAAAAAAACCAAUAUGCAAAGAGAAAUUUUAGGAAGCUGUUCCGAUCAGUAAAUCCUCGACGAAUGGAAUCUGAGAAACUCCGAUUGGAUGAAAAUGCGUCCGACAGCGAAUUUGGAUGAAUCUGUGACGGCGAAUCGAUCCGUGCAGGCCGUUCGGUAUACUGCUGGGCAUCCAUCACGAUUUUCUAAAGAACAAAUAUCUGACACGAAAAAUGCACAAACGGAAUACGAAACGCAUUUGUCGCAAAAUGCUGCGCAUUCCUCAACGUAUGGACCUAGCGGUAAGCAAUUGACAUCACAAAAUUGGUACGUCAGAAAUCGUGAACGGCACGUUAAUAGCACAGAGGAAGGUGUGCCUAGGAAUCUUGAAAAACUAGAGCAAAAGCAUAAAGGAGUCGGUACAUGCGACAUCGAUUCGCCGCGUAGAUAUCAUCAGUCGGGGACUAUCGACGAGAAAUCCUGCGCCAAGCUAUAUCUGUGGUGCGUGAAACUUUGCCACAGAAAAAGAGAAUGCUCCGAGCACGUUCUGGGAAAGCCGACGAGACGACUUCUCGAGCGAAUGAAGAAACGAAGCAAGGAGUGUGAGAAGCCCGAUGAAACAACGGUCGCCAGUGUAUCAGCCGCGUGGUAUCCGCGUCGAGAUCCGAUAAGUCCAAGUGUCACGAGGAAACCUAAGAGAAGUCAUAAACAGGACGAAUUGGUACAACUUACCGAUGUCAUCGUGGACACCAAAAGGGAGAGAAAGAAAAAAGAGAGAAGAAAAAAAGAGAAGGAUGAAAGGGAAGGAGGCGAAGAAGAAGUAUCGUAUGCGCGCGACGAAGAUUUCGUUGUCGAGGAUCGCAUCGUCUCCAGGAAAGCUCCGUUGUUGCCUCCACCACUAUUGACAGAUUUCACGAAGAGUUGCUGUUACCUGUGCGCCCAGAACACGCUGGCAAUCACGGCGGCUACUACUACUACUAAGCCAGAACAGUCAGACAAGUACGUCCAAGUUUCAGCUCAUAAAUUACGCGCGGCCAUGUCCCCGGAGCUCGAUAAGAGCUGCAGUCCGUUGCUGCUGGUGCACGUGGCGCGGUCGUCCGUCAAGGUGAGGACACGCGAGACGAGCACAUUGUGCCCUGGCACAAACGAGCUACGGCGCAAAGAAAUAAUAAGAGUGAAGAAGCGCAACAAGUUCGGUGUGUUCCCGGGGUUGACGCGGAACAAGUGCCCGGCGGGACGACACGCCGCCUGCGAGACCGAUAAGACGAUCGUCAGACGCGAUGAUAACGCGAGGAAAUGUGAGCGAAGGAAUGGGAAAUGCUGCAGAGAGAAGGACGCCUGACAAGUCGAAUCUCGAAACCUUCCUUUGGAUUAAUGAUGCUCACUGGUAGAAGAAUAUAAUUGUUCGCGUCGUGAUCCAUUAAUUCUCGAUCAAAUUAUCAAAUUAUAUAUUUUUAUCAGAAUUUGUAAUUGAGCUAUAUUAUUGAGAAUGUUUAUCAUAACAUUGUUUUCUCAUUUUCUUAUUCAAAGAUUAAAGAAAGAAACUAUUGCAAACAGGGAA